AUGCCGUUCAGCAACACCCACAACAAGUACAAGCAGAAGUUCUCGGCCGAGGAGGAGUUCCCGGACCUGUCCAAGCACAACAACCACAUGGCCAAGGUGCUGACGCCCGCCCUGUACGCCAAGCUGCGCGACAAGGAGACGCCCAGCGGCUUCACCCUCGACGACGUCAUCCAGACCGGCGUGGACAACCCCGGUCACCCGUUCAUCAUGACCGUGGGCUGCGUGGCCGGGGACGAGGAGUCCUACGAGGUCUUCAAGGAGCUCUUUGACCCCGUGAUCCAGGACAGGCACGGCGGCUACAAACCCACGGACAAGCACCGCACCGACCUCAACCACGAGAACCUCAAGGGCGGGGAGGACCUGGACCCCAAGUACGUGCUGAGCAGCCGCGUGCGCACCGGCCGCAGCAUCAAGGGCUACUCGCUGCCCCCCCACUGCAGCCGCGGCGAGCGCCGCGCCAUCGAGAAGCUGUCAGUCACAGCCCUGAACAGCCUGGAGGGGGAGUUCAAGGGCAAGUACUACCCGCUGAAGGCCAUGACGGAGCAGGAGCAGCAGCAGCUCAUCGACGACCACUUCCUGUUCGACAAGCCCGUGUCGCCCCUGCUGCUGGCCUCGGGCAUGGCCCGCGACUGGCCCGACGCCCGCGGCAUCUGGCACAACGACAACAAGACGUUCCUGGUGUGGGUGAACGAGGAGGAUCACCUGCGCGUCAUCUCCAUGGAGAAGGGCGGGAACAUGAAGGAGGUGUUCCGGCGCUUCUGCGUGGGGCUCAAGAAGAUCGAGGAGAUCUUCAAGAAGGCCGGGCACCCGUUCAUGUGGACGGAGCACCUGGGCUACAUCCUCACCUGCCCGUCCAACCUGGGCACGGGGCUGCGCGGCGGCGUCCACGUGCGCCUGCAGCACCUGAGCCAGCACCCCAAGUUCGAGGAGAUCCUCAAGCGCCUGCGCCUGCAGAAGCGCGGCACAGGCGGGGUGGACACGGCCGCGGUGGGCGCCGUGUUCGACAUCUCCAACGCCGACCGCCUGGGCUUCUCGGAGGUGGAGCAGGUGCAGAUGGUGGUGGACGGCGUCAAGCUCAUGGUGGAGAUGGAGAAGAAGCUGGAGCAGAAGCAGCCCAUCGACGACAUGAUCCCGGCGCAGAAAUAGGGGAGGGGGCGC